AUGGAUCCUGCUGUGCCUUGGUCGGCAUAUGCAGCUGCUGCAUCAUAUAAUCGUCUUGCUAAUGCUACAGGCACUUUUCAAACUAGUUCAUCGGAAUUUCAAAACACAAGUUUAGCAGGACAUCAAAGUGGAACUCAAGCUCACACAACUACAAAUCAAUUACUUCUUCAAGCAGCAGCACAUACAACAGCCACCUUGGCAGGCCAAUUAGGUCAAAGUACAACUUUUAAUCCAGGAGGGUUUUUAUCUCCUCCGACCGUAGGUUAUGAUGCUGUAUUUUCACCAUUGUUUCAUCAUGCUAAUCCGAAACCUGCACACUAUUCAUCUGCUUUAAAUGUAUCUCAACAUCGACCUGCUUUGGCUACCACAGUUGCAUCAAAACAAAAUGCAGUAGAACCUGAAAUAUCAAAUUUGAGAGAAAAUUAUUCUCAAGUUCAUCAUCAAAAUAUCAAUUCUACUAAUUCUGGUUCUUAUUUUGAGCAUCAAAACUCUGGUUCCACUAAUACUUGGUCUCAUCAAAGUAAUAACCAACUUCCUAGUCCUUUUGGAAUUCUCCCACAUGAAACUGUUGUUGUAAGUUCCCCUGGUCCAUCUAAAUCAACAUCUACUUUUGAAAAUACAUUUAACUCGACUCAUUUCACACCUCAAGCAUUGAAUCCAAUAAAUCCCCAAUUAGCAUCUACUAAUGCCGAAUAUUCUAAAACAGCUUCAAACACUAGUAACAGUAGUAACAAUUACUCAAACGAUAAUAAUAAGAAAACCAAUCGUAGUCAGUCACCUUUAGUUACCUCGAUUAAACCUGUUGUUUCAUCCGCUUCUACAAUUAUACCUUCUGGAUCGCCUUCUUUCUUUCAACAUCAAGCUACUUCGACAACGUUUUCUGAUACAGGAACAUAUCAGAAACCACUAGACACUUAUUCAUCAUCAAAAAAUUACGGGACUAGUAGUAACGUUCCCAACGCUAUUACAAAUAGUCAAUCAUGUAUAGUAUCAUCUGCUUCAUCUAAUCAAUCUACGAUUCAAAAUAAAUCUGAGUAUAGAAUACCGCAACCACCUUCAAGAACAUCAGCAGCCUACUUGAAUCAAAAUUCUAGACCGAAUCAAAAUGCAACAGAAAAGUCGACUCCUGGUAGAGGAGUUAAUCAAAAUUUUGUACCUCCCGCUUCGAAAACAUCAGCACCUCAGCAUUCAAUACAAACAAAGGCUCAAACUAAAAUUUACCCCGAAUUAGCAAAUCAAACAAACGACCGGAGAUCGAAUACAGAGGUAUUAGAACCAAAUCAAAGUGCUCCAAUUAGUUUUGCUAUAAGUUACCCUUCCAAUAAGAAUGUUCAAAGAACUGGAAAUAGUCAGUACAUUGUAAAUCAAAAUUAUCGAUAUGGUGAAAAUGAAUUUCAUAAUCGGAAAACGGGUAGUGCGGAUUCUGCAUAUUCUAGCGGAAGCAGUACUGGCCCUGAGUGCAAUGUUGCAGUUCCGAGAAGACCAAGUCCGCUUCAAGCUCAUUCUCAGGCCAGUCCUUUGAACCACGUUCCUUCCCCUGCCUACCCGAUGUAUAAUUCUCCAAUGGCCAGUAUGCCUAGCCCGUCUAAUGUGGAGUGUCAGAAUAGUAGUUUUAAAAAUUCUCAAGUAACUCCAACAAGUCCUUUAGAUGUUACAGUGUCAAGAACUCCUAGUAAUCAACAAAAUGUGGCCUAUCCUAGUGUUAUAACUCGAACGGAAAAUGCUGGUAAUACAAAUAAUUCGUCAAGGAAUCCUAGUAGCCAAUUGUGGGAAAGUGAUGCUGCUCAGAGACAAAAUCGUUCUCAAAAAUUUCCCAACUCAACUACGAAUUACAAUGGAAUCGAAGCGAAUCAAGUUAACGUUACUCCUCAACGAUCAAAUCCUUCUAAUAAUGCCGGAUUACCCGUGACGGAGAGACAACAAGCCUUUUUCGAUCCCAGUUCACAGAAUAUUCCAUUGCAAGAUUUAUCUUCGUGUCGUGGAGAUCCCAUGUCAAUAGUUAAGAAUUUGCAGCAGAACUGUAAUUCGGUAUCGACUCCUACAGCAGCAGAAACUCACGUCAAGUCAGAAGAGCAAACUAGAAUUACGUCCUCUAAGACGACCAAUCAAAAAAAUCGAAGAAAAAGUAAUGAAAAAAAUACAAAUUCUUCUUCGACAAAUACAGGAGGAGCAAAUUUAAAUGAUUUAGCUGGAGCAGCAAUGGCCGAAUAUUUAACUGGCAGAGUUCCUCCUCCCGCUCAUCACAAUACUCAGAGCCAACAACAGCAGAAUGGAGCCUAUUUUGAUUUUGAAAGGUGGAACAUACCACCUCCUCCUCCUAAAAUGUUUACCGGAUCUGCAGGAGCCUUUGCUAGUCACGGAACGAAUUUUGUAGGAAGCCCUGCACAUCAACAUCAAAGUAUAAUGGUACCCCAUCCUCAUCACCCUCCUCCAACUAUUCCAUAUUUUCCAGCUUUUCAUAUUCCCGCAGGUCACCAUCCCCAUCACCAAGAAUUUCACGGCGGAGUAGAAAUAACUACGGUUCCCUUCAGUGAAAAUUCACAAAAUCAGAAUCAGAACUUUCAGCAGUCUGUUGUCAAAGAUAAUAACCCUAAAGUUAUAGUGCCGGAUAUAGAGGAAGAAUUGGAAUAUUUAUCUCAAACCGCUCACGCUCAAGUUGUUUUAGCAUCGCAGCAAAAUCCAAACGUUUCUCUUCAGUUACCUCCGCCUAUCAAAAUGCCAGAAAAAAGAUAUAAUGAUCCCAAUUCUGGUUUUAUGGCAAGCUAUUUGAAAUUUCUUCAAGGUGAAAGAGAUACUUCUCCUCCCCCUCCUAGUCGGGGAGGUAGAAAAACAACUUGGACUCGCACGAAACUUUAUGCUCCCGAAUUGAAGACGACGUCCGUAGCGUCUGUUACAGUGACCAAACCUGUAGGAUCUGCAGUGGGUGUAUCUGCGUCUACAGUCACCAAUACGAUAGUUUCUCCAAUGGGAUCAAAAACAAACCCUUCCGUGGAAUGUGUAAAAAAGGGAAAUGAAAAAUCAUACAAUCCUGAUGACGAUCCUAGAUUUUAUCCUCUGCCAAAAAGUACAUCCAAACGAAAAUUAAAUGACUCGGAUAGUUCUGACGAAGACUCGAAGAUUCGGAAAAAUUUUUCGCAAUCAUUGCAUAUGAUGGAAACGGGAAAAGGAAUGGUCAAAAAGAACAAGUCAUCUAGCAAAGGUGUUUCAAAGAAAAAGGGAGAAGCGGGAACAAUAACAGUUUCUGAUCCUCUGUUUUUGCCUCCUCGUCGCGAAACAUCUAAAAGGCGGGCAAAAGAGAAAACUACAAUGAAAAAUUUUCUGGAAAAACAAGGGCAAGAUGAUGAAAUGGAAGCGGACGAUCCUGAUUUUGUUGAUUCCGAUUCUGAUCCCGUUUGGGUUCCGGGAGCAAAGGGUGACAGUGACGAUGAUAUGAAAAGUAGAAAAAAGAAAUCUCGAUCGUUGGUUGGUAAAUCAUUGAGUACAUCUUUGUCUAAAAAGAAGCAAGAUAAUAAUAGUUCCGACGAAGACGCUAGAAUUUCUAAAAAAAAUUAUUCUUAUACAAAAUCAGUUCAAAGUGCUUCAAAAAAUAAAAAUAAUGUCAAAACGACGACGCAUUUGGAACAAUUUAGUCAUAAUGUUAGUACAAAAAUUUCUGAGCCUCAUUUAGGUAUACCUGCAACAGCCGGUGAACAAACGCAAGAUUCAAUGGAAAUGCAAGUUAAUAAGACUGGUGAAUUUGUAGUUAUGAAAAGUGAUCUUCACGAAGAUUAUCCCCCGAUUUGGAGAAUAGAUGGGAAAACUUUAUUGCAAAAAUAUGAGCCUUUCGAUGAAAAUGGGAAAACUUUGUAUAGAAAUAUUAGCACGUAUUCCGGAUGGACGGCUCAAAAUAGGCAUAUAUAUGUAACAGUACCUGUUCGAUUUCGGGUUCAAUCACGUUUGGAAACAAUCGUUGAACUCAUGCGUGAAGAAAUGAAUCCGAACGAGGAUCCCGAAUUGAUGGAAAGAGUCAUGAAAGAUCUUGAAAAAUAUCAGGAUUCUUUCGAAGUGUACAUACAAACUCUCAUAAGUCAAGCCCUUGAUUCGAAUUUUUUAACGGAAAUACUUCAGGAACAAGAUGAAUAUUUUCUCAACAACGUGAAGGCUAUCGAUGAAGUCACAGAGGAUCAUUGCAGACGUUUAUUGAACGUGACUAAAUGGAAACCUAAUUUGAUAAUUUCUGCAAAAACGUGGCCUUGCCUUAAUGUGAUACAGGAUUUGCCUAAGGAUCAAAUCGGCAACACGCUUUGUUACGCUUGUGAAAAAUCUAAGGUAUCAAUGAGAAUUCAAAUGUACGGUCAACCUUACAAUAGCACGACAUUGGAGGGUUGUCAACCUGAUCCUAAAGCAUUGUUCGAAAAGGACUUUUUUUUGUGCCAUUCGUGCGGCUGGCGAGUUUCUCUCUGCAAUAAAGCCGCGCACCAAAAAUAUUUAAUGUACAUAGAAUGUGCGAAAAGAGUGACGGACAAAAGGGCGUCGGAUCCGAAUAAAGACACGACGUGCAUAUUAAAUGAGCUUUUAGCAGACGAAACAUGGUUGAAUCAAGUGAAAAAAAUAGAACAUUUAUCUUGCGAAAGUAACAAACACCUCUUACAAAAUGCCGUUGCGUCUGCGGGUAUAUCAUAA